UCAAACUGUCUACCCAUGGACGAAUGCUGCUGCUCAAGGAAUGGAGCGGACAAUUGUGAUAGGGUUGGGAUGCAGAGAGUUGUGGAGGUCGGGGUGGCGAAUUAGGGCCGCCAGGGGAGGCAUCCGAAUGUGGGGCAAGGAAACCCGUGCUGUAUUAUCAUGGCACUUACCCCGUCUUCGUUCCGCCCACAGAAACUGAAAUCCAUACUGGACUGUUUUUACGUGGUAACAUACCAAGCAUAUUGCCUAUUCCGGAGAUCUUUUCGGUGAACCAGGAAACAUGGCGGACGAUGAGUUCGAUCUGUACGGCGACGACCAUUAUGAUGCCAGCUCGAACGAUUUGCUAUACGACGACCUCCUAGCAUCCACCAACGUCAAGCGAGAGACAAAUGGCGGCGGGAUCGGAGAUGGUGGCAGGGAUCAGAAAAUGGACUUUUUGACGAAUGACGAGGAUGAUGUGCUGAGUUUUGGGAUGAACGCUGAACAGGAGGACGCGCAAGCAGCGGCAGCAGCGGCGGCUGCAAACUCCUCACAUAAGCAAGAGUUUAAAACCGAGCAUGGAGAUGGAGGUGAUGUUCCGACACCAACCGGCGGGAAUCUGGACCAUGGGCCGAGACGUGACAGUACUGUGUCCAUGGGCCCAGGGAGCGCUGGUAUCAUAGUUGGGGAUUUGACCUGGUGGACGAGCGACGACGACCUCCGCACCGUCGCAGAAGACGCUGGCGUCGGCGACAAGCUCAUCGCGCACGAAACGACCUUCCAGGAACACAAGAUCAAUGGCAAAUCGCGAGGAUCUGCGUACAUGGCGUUCACGACUGAGGAGGCGGCAUUGGCGGCCAAGCAGCUGUUGGAGAUGAUCGAAAUCCACGGCAAAAAACCCACAGUCCAACUAGCCGACCCGACGUCCCACCGGCGCAACCCCUUCCGCACUUUCCCCAAAGACCCCAAAAGCACCACCCACCCCAGCACAAUGCGCAACAAUAACAACUCCAUCAACGCCACCGCAAACCCGUUACUAGGACCCCAACCCCCGCUCCCCCCACUUCCCGUCGUCGGCGGCGUCGGACCGAUGCGCAAUAGCGUGAUGCGGACGGGACAGGCUAGGGCUGCGCCGUAUACCAAGUCUCGGCCUGUAGGAAUGCCCCUCAACUUCCCCCCCAAUCCCAUGGGAAACCCCUCAGGCGGCGGCGGCACCCUCCCAACCCUCCCACCAAACGGAUUCCCACGGCCACCAUUCAUUCCUCCGCAAAUGGACUGGCAGCAGGAAGACUUCUACGGUGGUGGUGGGCGAGGGGGGCCGAUGUAUGGUGGUGGUGGGAUGGGUGGGGGAGGUGGACCGGGGGGUAUGGGAGGCGUGGGGAGGAUGGGGAUGGGGAUGGGUGGGGGAGGGGGUGGAGGCUACCCGCCACAGCAGCCGAGGGGGUAUCCUCCAGGGCCGGGGGCCCGGGGUUGGCGUUGAGUGAAGGAGUUUUGCGCGCCAUUGCCGAGAAGCCAUUCAUUCUCG